AUGAACAACGAGCACUACGCCCCUCUGCAAUGUGAGUUUGACGCUGUCAACGCCGCUGCAGUUUCUGCCUGUGACCAUCUGGACGGCCUCGAAGAUGGUAUCAUCGGUGCUCCAGGCCUCUGCAAAUUUGAUCCCUCAAGUCUUGUUGGGAAGAACUAUGCCUGCCGUACAGAUGGGACAACUGGGCGCUUUUCGAGUAAGACUGCAACUGUCGUGAGGAAGAUCUGGCAAGGACCGACAGCCGCAAAUGACACCGCGCUCUACUCGCUUGCGCCCAUAGAGACCUUCAGCAACGGCACUAUUGUCGCAGAGCCAUUUAGCAUCUCUGUCAGUUGGUUCCGCGACUUCUUGUUCAAAGAUGCCAUCUACAAUACCUCGAACAUCACCUGCGCCGAGUUCCCGGGAUUGAUACGUCAAUCUCACGUGGAAUAUGAUUCCGCGAUGGGUACUAUGGAUGCAAACUUGGCCGCAUUUAUGGCCUCCGGCGGAAAGAUGAUCACUUGGCAAGGCCUUGCUGACAACCUGAUUAUGCAAAAUGGAACUGUGCAUUAUUUUGACAGAGUCAAGGCAAUCGAUCAGAAUGUCACCGACUUCUAUCGUGUCUUCUUUGCUCCUGACGUGGGACAUUGCGGUGGCGGAGGAAGCGGUCCAAUCCCAAACGACGCUCUGAUGGCCUUGAGGAAGUGGGUCGAGAAUGGAACAGCUCCAGAAGUCCUCUCAGGCUCGAGCGGGUAUAAGAUCAACGGAACCAUUCGACAUCAGAACUUAUGUCUAUAUCCUCUUGUCUCGAAGUACAACGGCAAGGGUGAUCCAACGAGUACAUCCAGUUUCACAUGUGUAAAGAAUUUCUGA